GCAGCGCUGGAUGGCGCGUCUUCAGCCUCCAGACACUUUCCUUUCCAAAGCCAUUUUAGUCAAAGGUCAUGUGUGAGUCUUGUCAAAGGCCUGCCUCCAAUGGAAUCAUUGUCCCCCGGGACAGCGGCCCCCUGACUACAUCUGGACUGGAGAAAUCCCAAAAGCAAACGGCCCAGUGCAAACAAGAGCAGCCGGGGGCAGCAGUCCGGGGGCAGAGCUCACAGGUCCGCCUCCCGCAGCAAAGGCUGAGUCCGCAGCGCCCUGGCCUGAGCAGGCACCCACUAGCCCGCCCGCAGCAUGACCCGCCUCGUCCACUGGGUAAUAUCACCACUGAUUUUUGCCAUUGGAGUCAAUAUCUGCUUAGGAUUCACAGCAAGCCGAGUUAAGAGAGCAGAUGGAUGGCAUGGAGGUCCUCCUACAGUGCUAUCAGAUGCCCCCUGGAUCAACACUUCUGAAUCUUGCAGGGGCAGAUGUUUUGAACUUCAAGAGUUGCAACCCCCUAAUUGCCGAUGUGACAAUCUGUGUAAGAGCUAUACCAGUUGUUGCCAUGACUUUGAUGAGCUUUGCUUGAAGACAGCUGGCGGUUGGGAAUGUACUAAGGACAGAUGUGGAGAAGUAAGAAAUGAAGACAACGCUUGUCACUGCUCAGAGGACUGCUUGGCCAGGGGAGACUGCUGUACUAAUUACCAAGUGGUUUGUAAAGGAGAAUCACAUUGGAUAGAUGAUGAUUGUGAGGAAAUAAAAGCCCCAGAAUGCCCUGCAGGGUUUACUCGCCCUCCUUUAAUCAUCUUCUCUGUGGAUGGUUUCCGUGCAUCAUACAUGAAGAAAGGCAGCAAGGUCAUGCCCAACAUUGAAAAACUUAGAUCUUGUGGCACGCAUUCUCCCUACAUGAGACCAGUGUACCCAACAAAAACUUUCCCUAACUUAUAUACUUUGGCUACUGGGUUGUACCCAGAAUCACAUGGAAUUAUUGGCAAUUCAAUGUAUGACCCUGUAUUUGAUGCCAUUUUUCAUCUUCGUGGACGAGAAAAAUUUAAUCAUAGAUGGUGGGGAGGUCAGCCGCUAUGGAUUACAGCCACCAAGCAAGGGGUGAAAGCCGGGACAUUCUUCUGGUCUGUGGUCAUCCCUCACGAGCGGAGAAUAUUAACUAUCCUGCAGUGGCUCAGCCUACCGGAUCAUGAAAGGCCUUCUGUCUAUGCCUUUUAUUCGGAACAACCUGAUUUAUCUGGACAUAAAUAUGGACCUUUUGGCCCUGAGAUGACGAAUCCUCUGAGGGAAAUUGACAAAACAGUGGGACAGCUAAUGGAUGGACUGAAACAAUUAAAGUUACAUCGCUGUGUAAAUGUCAUCUUUGUUGGAGAUCAUGGAAUGGAAGAUGUCACAUGUGAUAGAACAGAGUUUUUGAGCAAUUACCUGACUAAUGUGGAUGAUAUUAUUUUAGUGCCUGGAACUCUUGGAAGAAUUCGAUCUAAAUUUAGCAAUAAUGCUAAAUAUGACCCUAAAACCAUUAUUGCUAAUCUCACAUGUAAAAAACCAGAUCAGCACUUUAAGCCGUACAUGAAACAACACCUUCCCAAACGUUUGCACUAUGCCAACAACAGGAGAAUUGAGGACAUUCAUUUAUUGGUGGACCGCAGAUGGCAUGUUGCAAGGAAACCUUUGGAUAUUUAUAAGAAAAUACCAGGGAAAUGUGUUUUACAAGGAGACCAUGGCUUUGAUAACAAGGUUAACAGCAUGCAGACUGUUUUUGUAGGUUAUGGCCCAACAUUCAAAUACAAGACUAAAGUGCCUCCAUUUGAAAACAUUGAACUUUACAAUGUUAUGUGUGAUCUUCUGGGAUUGAAGCCAGCUCCUAAUAAUGGGACCCAUGGAAGUUUGAAUCAUCUUCUGCGUACCAACACCUUUCGGCCAGCUAUGCCAGAGGAAGUUACUAGGCCGAAUUACCCAGGGAUUAUGUAUCUCCAGUCUGAUUUUGACCUGGGCUGCUCCUGUGAUGAUAAGGUAGAGCUGAAGAACAAAUUAGAUGAACUCAACAAACGUCUUCAUGUAAAAGGAUCUACAGAAGCUGAAACCAGGAAAUUCAGAGGCAGCAAAAAUGAAAACAAGGAAAACGUUAAUGGAAAUUUUGAACCUAGAAAAGAGAGACACCUCCUCUACGGACGGCCUGCAGUACUUUAUCGGACUAGAUAUGAUGUCUUAUAUCAUACUGAUUUUGAAAGUGGCUAUAGUGAAAUAUUUCUAAUGCCACUCUGGACAUCAUACACUAUUUCCAAACAGGCUGAGGUCUCUGGAAUUCCGGAGCAUCUAACUAACUGUGUCCGGCCUGAUGUCCGUGUUUCUCCGAAUUUCAGUCAGAGCUGUUUGGUCUACAAAAAUGACAAACAGAUGUCCUAUGGAUUCCUCUUCCCUCCAUAUCUAAGUUCUUCACCAGAAGCUAAAUAUGAUACAUUCCUUAUAACCAACAUGGUUCCGAUGUAUCCUGCUUUCAAAAAAAUUGAGAAUAUGGCUGUGGUGCCCCCAGUUGAGCAUGUACGUUACAAUGCACAAGGAUCUGAGUUCAAUUCCUGGUCCCCACCUUUUCCAGGAGGAAAGCUUCAUGAGAGGCAAAGCAGUGUUAUAGGAGUCUGGAAUUAUUUCCAAAGAGUACUAGUGAAGAAAUAUGCUUCAGAAAGAAAUGGAGUUAAUGUUAUAAGUGGACCAGUUUUUGACUAUGACUAUGAUGGGUUACAUGACACACAAGAUAAAAUCAAACAGUAUGUAGAAGGUAGUUCCAUUCCCAUUCCGACUCAUUACUACAGUAUCAUCACCAGCUGCCUGGAUUUUACUCAGCCUGCUGACAAGUGUGAUGGCCCCCUGUCUGUCUCCUCCUUCAUCCUUCCUCACAGACCUGACAAUGAUGAGAGUUGCAAUAGCUCAGAGGAUGAGUCAAAGUGGGUGGAAGAACUCAUAAAGAUGCACACGGCCCGGGUGCGGGACAUUGAACAUCUCACCAGCUUGGAUUUCUUUCGGAAGACCAGCCGCAGCUAUUCAGAAAUCCUGACACUAAAAACGUACCUGCAUACCUAUGAGAGUGAGAUCUAACUUUCUGAUCAUCUGCAGUGCAGUCUUAUCUGGUGUAUAUUUUUAUAUUGUUUUGUAUUUAUUAAUUUGAAACCAGGACAUUAAAAAGUUAAUAUCUGAAUCUUGUACCAAAUCUGACAUAUUACUCCUGAAUGACUCCACUGUGUUUCUCUAAUGCUUGCUUUAGGUAGACUUGUGUUUGGAGUAGAGCUUGUAAUAAAUUUUGCAGCUUGAAUUUUUAGUAGAAGCUCCUAAACGGUGCUGCAAAUUUGAUAUUUGCAUUGAAGAAAUAUAAAUUUUCCAAUGCACAGUUGCCAUACUUAGUCCUGUAUUGUACCAAAAUACUGAUUUUGUAUAGUUACAGUCACUUACUGUCAAUUGUAACAGACAUAUUUAAGUCUUAUAAACCAAUCUUAAAUAUAAUAAAUCACACAUUCAGUUUU